AUGUCUGUCUCCUCCUUUAUUAUCAGAACGCCCUGUUCAUCGGCCAAUAUCGGCCCUGGGUUCGAUGUCAUCGGCCUAGCAUUGUCGCUUCACCUCGAACUCCGUGUCACCAUUGACUCUUCCAAAUCAUCGUCCGAGCACCCUUUGAAUUGUGUGAUUACGUAUGAGGAUCAGAGCAAGAGUACUGAGAAGAUUAGCCUGGACCCGGAGGUUAACCUGAUCACCCGUGUAGCUCUGUAUGUACUAAGAUGCCAUGACCAAAGGGCAUUCCCCGUUGAGACCCGAGUCCAUAUUGUAAAUCCCAUUCCUCUGGGUCGGGGCCUUGGUUCGUCAGGCACAGCGGUGGUUGCUGGCGUGAUGUUGGGAAAUGAAGUAGGCCGUCUCGGGUUGAGCAAGGACAGGCUACUGGAUUAUUGCUUGAUGAUUGAGAGGCAUCCGGACAAUGUCGCUGCCUCACUCUUUGGAGGCUUCGUCGGUACCUAUUUGAACGAGCUGAAACCUGAGGAUGUAGCUCGCAAGGAAAUCCCGCUCAGUGAAGUUCUCCCUGCCCCUGCAGGUGGCAUUGAUACUGGCAGGAGGCCCCCCGAGCCUCCUCUGGGCAUCGGCCACUAUCGAAAGUUCGAAUGGGCCAAGGAAAUAAAGGCCAUCGCGAUUAUCCCGGACUUUGUGGUGCCCACUGCCAAUGCACGAAACGUCCUACCUGCCACGUACACGAGAGCAGACGUCGUUUUCAAUUUACAACGUGCUGCAUUGCUUCCCGCAGCACUGGGCAGUUCUCCGCCAGACCCAGAUAUGAUUUAUCUGGCCAUGCAGGACAAGGUCCAUCAGCCAUACCGGAAGACACUUAUCCCAGGCUUGACGGAGAUUCUUCAGUCCAUGAACCCAUCUACCCAGCCGGGCCUGCUUGGAAUAUGUCUAUCGGGUGCGGGGCCUACCAUUUUGGCUCUAGCCACCGACAGAUUCGAAGAAAUCGCAGACCGCAUUAUGUCCCAUUUUGCUUCCAACAAAAUCUCCUGCCAGUGGAAAUUACUGGAGCCUGCCCAAGACGGCGCCACAGUACAUCAUUGA